CUGCAUGUCAUUCUUCUAUUUUGGAUCUCAGGAGUAAGAUUCUAGACUUUUCCUUCAAGAAUUUUUUUCAACUGCUACCAGCUACAAAAAGCAGAUGUUAUCUGAUGUUGGAACUAUUCCAAGAUUAUAAAUUGCAAGCCUCCCAGCCCUGACCUGGCUGAUACAGAUCAGAUGGUGACUGAAUAGAACCUGCCCCAGUCCGGGUCCAUGAUGUACGCACCAGUUGAAAUUUCAGAAGCUGAAUAUCCACAAGUUGAAUAUCAAAGAAGACAACAGUUUUGGGACCCGAUAAGGCUAGCUCUUUUCACAUUGGCAAUUGUAGCCAUCAUAGGAAUUUCAAUUGGUAUUGUUACUCAUUUUGUUAUUGAGGAUGAUAAAUCAUUCUAUUAUCUUGCCUCUUUUAAAGUCACAAAUAUCAAAUAUAAAGAAAAUUACGCAAUGAGAUCCUCAAGAGAAUUUACAGAAAGGAGUCAUCAGAUUGAAAGAAUGAUGUCUAGGAUAUUUCGACGUUCUUCUGGAGGGGGUCGAUUUAUCAAAUCUCAUGUUAUCAAAAUAAGUCCAGAUGAACAAGGUGUGAACAUUCUUAUGGUGCUCAUGUUUCGAUACCCAUCUACUGGCAGUGCUGAAAUGAUCAAGAAGAAAAUUGAAAAGAGUUUAUAUCAAAGUCUGAAGAUCAAACAGUUGCCUUUGACUAUAAACAAACCAUCAUUUAGACUCACACCUAUUGACAGCAAAAAGAUGAGGAAUCUUCUCAAUAGUCGCUGUGGGAUAAGGAUGACAUCUUCAAACAUGCCAUUACCAGCAUCCUCUUCUACAGAAAGGAUUGUCCAGGGAAGGGAGACUGCUAUGGAAGGGGAGUGGCCAUGGCAGGCCAGCCUGCAACUCAUAGGAACAGGUCAUCAAUGUGGAGCCAGCCUCAUCAGUAACACAUGGCUGCUCACAGCAGCUCACUGUUUCCGGAAGAAUAAAGACCCAAGUCAAUGGAUUGUGACUUUUGGUACAACUAUAACACCACCUGCAGUGAAACGAAGUGUGGGGAAGAUUAUUCUCCAUGAAAAUUACCAUAGAGAAACUAAUGAAAACGACAUUGCUUUGGCUCAGCUCACAACCCGAGUUGAAUUUUCAAAUAUAGUCCAGAGGGUUUGCCUCCCAGAUUCAUCUUUGAAGUUGCCACCUAAAACAAGUGUAUUUGUAACAGGAUUUGGUUCCGUUGUAGAUGAUGGACCUACACAAAAUAAACUUCGUCAAGCCAGGGUAGAAACCAUAGGAACUGAUGUGUGCAACAGAAAGGAUGUGUAUGAUGGCCUGGUAACUUCAGGGAUGUUGUGUGCUGGCUUCAUGGAAGGAAAAGUGGAUGCAUGUAAGGGUGAUUCUGGUGGACCUCUGGUUUAUGAUAAUCAUGACAUCUGGUACAUUGUUGGUAUAGUAAGUUGGGGACAAUCAUGUGCUCUUCCCAAAAAACCUGGUGUCUACACAAGAGUGACUAAGUAUCGAGACUGGAUUGCCUCAAAGACUGGUAUCUAGCUUGGGUGGCCCAUGAGUUACACUAAUGGCAAGUAGAACUGAAACAUCUACAUAUUGUAUAUUAUUAUUUAGAUUCAUGUGAUUUGAAUCAGUGCUUUUGCUAGAUGUCAAGAAACUCUUGAGACCUGAACCAAUCUAAUAUCUUGAAGUGGACCCUGUGAAUUUAUGAAUAAACUCUACCACGAGGGAAGAAGACAAUACAAGGGACAGGUAGUACUGAUUCCUCACUCACAUGGGAAACUGUGAUACUUCUUAAUGUGAUAAAUACUUACAAGUGGUGUAUUUCCUUGAUGAAAGAUGGGGAUCAUCAUUUUUCACAGGAUAUGAAGCAUUGCCAGGCUGCCACAAUCUUACCUUAUGUAACACCUGGAGCAUCUGGGAUUCUUCCAGCAAAAAGUCAAACAGCAGUCUUUCUGAAAAUUCAGAGCUUCGACAUUCUAGACUGGACAUUUUGUAGCUGGAAUGGAGGAGCAUGGGAUCUGCAAUACAACUUGAGCUUUAACCUGGGUUUAUGUAUAGUAGUACAGAGCAUUACCAUGUAUCUGAACUUGCCAUUCACAUCACAUUAGGCACUCAAUAACUAGCUUCCAGAAGCUUGUUGUGUUAUUAAGAAGCAUUUCUGGUUUAUUCUUUAAUGGUAUCUUGCCAUCCAUACAUCAAUCAGAGUCUGCCCAGAAUGGAGAAGACCUUUGGGAACAUUUUUCCAUGAUAAAGGAAAGAAGAUAAAAAGAAGGGGACAAAUGUUAGCAGAAUGUUUUCAAUAAUUAUUUGUGAAAAAAACACUCUAAAUAUUUGAUGGAAUGAGUCAUCCAAUUAUUUGUUUAGCAAUAUCUACAUCAGCAUAUGGUAUCUGGUGCUUUUUUUUUAAGUCAGCAGUUCACCUUUCCAACAAGUCAGAUGUAUAUCAGAACGUCAGGUUGUGAGAACCGAUUUGUAUAAAGUACUUAGGACAGUUCCUGGUAUAUAGUAAGCAGUAAAUAAAGACAAACACCUCAGCAAGCUUUAGAUAAAUGAACUCAAAUCUGUCAAAUAAAUGAAUGACCUUAGGGCUUAAAUAUUACACAAAGCCUAGCGAUGGAUAUAGUCAUACGGAGCACAGACUCUUUGACACAGGCUGCCAGAGUUUGAAUGUUGUAUCUGCCACAUUUGAACUGUGUUUCCUUCAGUGAAUUACUUAACAUCUCUAUUCAUUAGUUCUUUCAAUUCUAUUUGGGACUUAAAAAGGUACUACCUCAUAUGGUUGUAAUGAGGACUAAAUACAUUAAGUAGAACACUUAUGACAGUGUCCGCAUUCAAUAAGCUCUCAAAAUGGAUGAUUACUGUUAAUCAUUAUUAAUAUGCUUUGGUCUCAAUAAAACUUACUAUACUUUUUAAAAAUUGCCCUUUGCUUCUUUAAAGUGAUGCAAUUGAUUUCAAAUUACUUUAAGUUACAUUAUAAAAACAUUAGGUGAAGUACUAGAUUACCAAAAAUCACUUUUAUGUUUCCUUAAUUUAUUUUGAACUAUGUCUGCUUAUAGACAAACAGGAUGACCAUCUGGGGCCAUGAUUGUGGCUACAGAGGUGCAUCUGUAUUCACUCCCAACCCUCGAAUGUGGGACAGGAUUUUUUGCUCUUAUUUAUCAGAGAAAAAUCUGGCCCAUGCAUUUAUUUAAUGAUUGAAAAGUUUUGUUAGUUUACAUGUAUAUGUACUUUUGUGUAAUAUGCAUAAACAAGUUAAACACAACUAAAAAAAGGUCUCCUAGUUGUUAUUGUUUGCAAGACCAUAAGCACAGAGGAAUUAUGCAUGCAUACUUCACUUUCACAAAGAAAAUGUUAUCAAAUUUCUAAUUUAUGAUUAGUAACAACUAAAUAUCAUCAGAGAAAGCCGAGUGAAAACUUAAAUUUUCAUACUUCCUUAAUUUUAAGUUCCUAUACUCUGCAGAUAGCACAAAAACGUCUAAAGCUUUCUAAAGAAUAUUUACCAUAUUAAAGGUGGGCCUGAUUGAUGUUGGACUUUUUUUUAUAUUAAAGGUGAACACCUCCUCUGGUACAUUGAGGAAAGCAAACCUCUCUCAAAACAACAAAUUGCUUUCUUCCAUGUAAGUUCUAAAACAAUGGAUGUAUAAUUUUGUAUAAUUAUAUAUAUAUAUAUAUUUCACAAGACUGUGAUAACUUUUUGUGCUUAAAUAUCUGUGAAACUGUGUAUACUUAUUUAAAUAUUUCUGUGCUUAACUCAAAAAAUCAAUUCAAUGACAUUCACAAAUGAGAAGAAUAAAUAUAAAAGGUCAUAUGGAAAGCUGAGCAACAGAAAAGUGGAGUUUUUAAAGGAGGAUUUAUGUUUCAUAUUUCGAGUUUGGUAUUUGGUUAUAAGAAUGGUAUUAUAGGAAUCAUGUAGUAUGUUUUACCUCAUGUUUUCCUUCUGCCAAAUGGGACAUUAAGCUAUCUACCUCAUGGUAUUAUUGUGAAGCUUUCCUUCUGAGUGAUAAAGAUGAAAAGUCAAAGAAUAUUUAAGACUUGCUUAAAAAUGCAAAGUAUAUUAUUGUAAACUGAAUCAAUACAGCUGAUGCUGAAAAUGCUUUAAGAUUAUAAAUAAGUUUGAUUUGUUUUUAUACAGUGUUGGCAUUUUUAAUGCUUUGUGAAUUUUGCAAAUAUAUUUGUGGUUUAAAAACAAACAAACAAAAACACUAAAGUUUGCCUCCUGUGUGGUGAUGCUAUAUUAACAUUCACAUAUUCUAAUAGGAAAAAGCCUGCAAUUUUUCAGAUUCAUUUUAUGACAGAUCAAAUAUAUAUUCUGAUAGUAAAUAAUGCAAAAUGUAAUCCCUAAAAAUCUUAACAGGAUUUUAGGUAGCAUGGGUACUAAAGGGUUAAUGUGUAACCUAAAAGCUAGAAGCAGCUACUUUAUAAUCUGGAAUAGAAAAAUGAACCAAAAAGGUUUACUAUCUCUCGGUCACAUUCUCACGACUCAACAAUAACAACAAAAAACAUAUUAGUGGGACUAUGCCCUUUCAACUGAACAAAUUUGUUAAUAUAUUUAUUUGAUGGAGAAUGUGUGGAAGACAUUUGUUCAUGCAAUCGAGAAAAUGAAAAAUAAACUCAUCAUAAAUGAUUGAAAUGAAUGCUGAAUUCAUAGCUGUUAGUACUGGGAGGAACUUAAGAGAUUAUUUACACCAGCCUCCUGUUUUGAGUAAUGUGAUGUCAAAACCAAAUGAAUUUCUUCAAGGUUGUUCAGUGGGCUAUUGACAGUGUUGGAACAAAAUCCAGAAGUUCUUGUAUCCAGUCCUGUCUUCUCUCCAAUGCUAUAAACUCAGGCUCAGUAGGCAGUGACGUUGCAGUCUUAGAAGUUACUAAAAUUAAAUGACCACUGCCAAACCAAAGUGAGAUAAGUUAAAUAUUCCAAAGUAUGUUGGGGACCAAACCAACAGUUUUAUACUUUAGAUAACAAUCCACUUUUUAUACCUAUUCCUAAGGAAAUGAAAGGUGUUUUUAUUGUAGGCAAUACUGCUAAGCUAACUAAACUGGCAAGAUGUAAUACUCCAUGGAAAAUUUAUCUCCCAAAUUCAUACCUCAGUUGUUCCUUUACUCGUUCUCUACACUAAGCUGUAUAAUUAUGAAGUAAGGUAAAACCUUGAUAUGCAGCAAAUAAAAAAUUCAUACCACAUUUUAAAAUGAGGAACAGCAAAAGAUUUGAACCUUAUUAAAAUGACAAAUGUGUUUUGCUCAUGUUCUUUGUAAUGAUCAUUAGAAAAUCUGUUUUACCAACAAAACUAUUGAAGCCCAAAAUUUGUAGAAAACUAAAAAGAGUUUUGAUUAAGUUGUUUUCAAAAAUACUUAUAAUGAACAUUCUUUUAUAGGUUUUGAUAGUUUCCUUGCUUUAAAGUAAAGUGAUUUGAUUCUUCACAAAGAUACCAAAAUGUAUGUUGGAGAAAAGAUGGCCUCUUUGACAAAUAGUGCUGGGAAACCAGGAUAUCCACAUAUACAAGAGUGAAACUAGAUCCCUAUUUCUAAUCUGUAUGGAAGUCAACUAAAAAUUAAUCAAAGACUUAGAUAUAACACACUCCCUAGAAGAAUACAUAGGGGGGAACUCUAACAUAUAGCAGGCUACGACUUCCUAAAUAGGACUCCUAUAGUUCAGGAAACAAAACCAAGAAUAGAUAAAUGGGAUGAUAUCUAAUUUAAAAGCUUCUUCAUAACAAAGGAAAUAAUUGUGAAGAGAAAGACUACAGAAUGUGAGAAAAUCUUUGCCAGCUCCUCUUCUGAUAGAGCAUUAAUAUUCAGAAUAUAGAAAGAACUGCCCCCCACAAAAAAAAACUCAGCUUCAAAAAACCAAAUAGCAAAUUUGAUAAAUGGUCAUGUGAACUAUGCAGACUCUUCUCUAAAGAAGUACAAAUGGCCAACAAUCAUAUGAAAAAAAAAUGUUUAACAUCUUUAGCCAUUAGAGGGAAAUGAAGUAAAAACCACAAUGAGAUCCCAUCUCACUCCAGUCAGAAUGGCAAUCAUGCAAGGAAACUUUGAACUGUGAGAAUGUAAAUUAAUACAACCACUAUGGAAGUUAGUACACAGUUUCCUCAAAAAACUAGAAAUGGAACUACCAUAUGAUCCAGCUGUAAGCGCUCCUUGGUAUUUAUCCAAAAGCAUGAAAGUCUGUAUACCUUAGAGAUACAUGCAAACCUAAGUUUAUAGCAAGACAAUUCAGAAUAGUCACAUUAUGGAAUCAGUCUAGGUAUCCAUCAACAGAUGACUGCAUAAAGAAAAUGUGGUAUAGACACAAGGAAGUUUUAU